GAAAAUUAUAGCGGAUGGACAAGGAGAAACUGAAAUGUAGUGGUUGCCGUUGCAGGCAGUCUGGACAACUUUACGUGCUUCAAAACCGGCCCAAAACUCCCACCUUCGCGGAACUACGCUCAAUCAUCACCACCUACUAUUACUCUACAUAAUAAAUACUUUCUCAGGCUAUUUUUUCUUGCUCUGCAAUCUAAAAGGCAACCCAUAAAAAAUAUCUCACCUUUCCCUUCUUUCUUUCGUUGCUGUACAUUUCACUUCUAACUUCAGGUAUAUAUAUUGAUUAUCGAUGGAUAUUAACGAAAUUAUUGGCGAAACCGCCCCUCCUGUGAAUAAUUUACCAACGAAGAGUGCUAUAUAUGUGUGGGGAUAUAACCAGAGUGGACAAACGGGCAGAAGGGGGAGAGAGCGCCAACUGCGGAUCCCAAAACAGCUCGCUCCUGAGCUCUUUGGGUGCCCUGCUGGGGCUAACUCUCGGUGGUUGGACAUUGCAUGUGGUCGUGAGCACACUGCGGCUGUGGCCUCGGAUGGGUCGCUAUUCACCUGGGGUGCUAAUGAAUUUGGUCAGUUGGGAGAUGGAACUGAGGAGAGCAAGAAACACCCACAGAAAGUAAAGCAGUUGCAGACAGAGUUUGUGAAAUCAGUUUCUUGCGGAGCACAUUGUACUGCUGCUAUUGCAGAGCCUCGUGAUAAUGAUGGAACCAUCUCAAAAAGUAGACUUUGGGUUUGGGGACAAAAUCAGGGAUCAAACCUUCCGCGUUUAUUUUGGGGGGCCUUUACGCCAAACACGAUUAUCUGUCAAGUGUCCUGUGGAGCAGUUCAUGUGGUGGCUUUAUCAGAAGACGGCCUACUACAAGCUUGGGGCUACAACGAAUAUGGUCAGCUUGGCAGGGGUUUCACUUGUGAAGGACUACAGAGGCCUCGUGUAAUAAAUGCUUAUGCAAAGUUCCUUGAUGAAGCUCCUGAGCUUGUGAAGAUUACCCAAGUGUCAUGCGGGGAGUACCACACAGCAGCUGUAUCUGAAAAUGGCGAGGUCUAUACUUGGGGCCUAGGAAAUAUGGGUCAACUUGGACACUGUUCCCUUCAGUCUCCAGAUAAAGAGUUAUUGCCAAGGCGAGUGGUUGCCCUUGAUGGGAUCUUUAUACAGGAGGUUGCAUGUGGUGGUUUGCACACUUGUGCUCUAACUUCGAAGGGAGCUCUUUAUGCUUGGGGUGGUGGUCAAGCUGGGCAGUUAGGACUUGGUCCCCAAACUGGAUCUUUUUCGUUCAUUCCUAGUGAGUCUGAAUCAUACAUCCGUAAUAUGCCUGUUUUAGUUGUACCAAAUGGUGUGCAACUUGUUGCUUGUGGACAUUGUCACACACUUAUAUCUACGAGGGAUGGAAGAAUUCAUGGAUGGGGUUACAAUAGCUAUGGGCAGGCAGCUAACCAAAAAUCUACAUAUGCUUGGUUUCCAUCACCAGUUGAUUGGUGUGUUGGGGAAGUAAGGAAACUAGCAGCUGGUGGUGGCCAUUCUGCUGUGUUGACUGAUGCCUGUUCCUUGAAAGAAUUGUGCGAGUUUAGGCUUGCAGAUAGUAUAACACUAUCAAAUGCUACUGAGAUUGAGGAUGUUGCCUCUCGAACAGGAUCGGAUGCUUUAGCACGUCUUUGUGAAAGAUUGAGGGAGCAGUUGCUUGGUGGUGCUGAUUGCGAUUGGGACGAUGAUGUCUGGAGUGAGAAUUGCCAGACGAACAACUGAACUUGAUUUGAAGAUCACUGUGCUACUGCUUAUUUCCUGUUCCCAUCUUGUUGCAGCUGGAUUAGGAGUAUAAAUUAAGAACCACACUAUUCAGACAAUGAAGGAAAAUUUUUCAUUGGUAAAUACCAUUUUACCAGAAUGUAGCUACAUGUGAACACUUAAAUUAGGAAUCUGGUUGUCAUUUUAUAAACAUGAACUGCAGUAUUGUGAUGACAAACAUGUACCAACAACAAUUCAUAUAAACUUGGACUAACUUUAGUUUAUGAACAUUAAGAUAUGUUAAGUUAA